AUGAAUAAAAUAAUAUCUGGCUCAAAAUUAGACCCACACCAUGUAAAACUCCAAGUAUUAAAUGAAUUAAGUAAUCCCAGUGUUGUGAAUUAUGAAGAAAGUAAUCAACAAUCGCAAGCUAUUCCAGUAAACAUCAGAGUUACUUUCCUUCGUAUUGGUGAAAUCGACACAUUAAAUGAGAGGUAUCAAGCUCAAGCAGCUAUCGAUGCUCGAUGGCUGGUCAAUUAUAAUCUUCUAACACGUCAACUAUCACGAAAUGAUAAACAACGUUUAGAUGAAGGAAAAUCAGUGACUCUUGUUAAGUAUACCGAUUCUAAUUGGCAUCCUCAAUUGUUCAUCGAAAAUGCCCUUGGUGAUCUCAAAGAACAAAUUACUUAUAGUGCUAAGAAAUCAAACGAUCAAUUUGUCUAUAUUUGCGAACAUCGGGAGAUCAAAGCACUUUUGUGGGAAAAAUUAGAAUUACAUCAUUUUCCAUGUGACGUUCAAGAAUUAUCGAUUUCAGUUGGUUCAAUGCUUUACGAUGAUAAGGUAAUCUUGGUAGCUGAUCAUCUACGCCUAAGUGGAAUCAACCGUGAAACAUUUGUUGACCAACAAGAAUGGUUUCUUUACGAGCAUGUUAUUAGUGAGCAACGUUUUGUGAAAGAGUUUUUGAUGGACGACAACGAUGAUGCAGUGGAAGAACAUUCAAAAAGCCAAAAUGAACGAAAACGAUCCUUCUUGGUAAUUUCGUGCCAUGCAGCUCGACGAUCAGAAUAUUUCUAUUGGAAUGGCUAUUGUUUAAUGUGUCUUAUCACCAUAUGUGGAUUUUGCAUAUUUUGUAUUCCACCGACGCUGCCACAAAAUCGUCUCCAAAUUGGUGUUACACUUCUUCUUACCUCGAUAACUUUUCGCUGGACAGUCAAUAGAUCGCUACCUACUAUUUCAUAUCUGACAUCGUUAGAUAAGUAUUCAAUCAUAUCUAUAUUCAUUUUGGUCAUCCUAUGUAUUUGGCAUGCAGCAAUGGGAGCAGCAGUGUUCAUAGCGAAGCGCUAUCCAAAUAUUGACACUGAUGAUAAGUUCGUAUGGAUUGAUCGAUAUGCAUUAUUCGGUUUUCUCGGCGCAUUUUUUAUCAUGCACAUGGCCAUGCUAGUGUGGCUCUUUUUAGUUCCACUUGCUUAUCGGCGACAAAUGGAACGAAACGAUCAAGAGUAUCAUAUUAAAAAUCGUGCUAAAUCAAAAUCUUUAGCAGGAAAAAUGGCUUCUCGAACUGUAACGACAGCCAAUGGUAGACAAUGUUUACCUUCCGCUAAUCAAAGAAGUUAA